AUGCGAUUUUCCUUGCGGAAAUUGGCUGAAAACCUGGAAAAAUGUCCGUUUUCGGCGGCGGAGGCAACAAAAGCGCCACGUGGAUUCGCGGAAAUUCCCGGUCCGCGCGAUAUUCCGAUAUUUGGAAGCGCCGACAAUUUAAAAUUCGCUCUUAAAUCAGGUUUGACAGAUGUUUGCCUUUUUGCAAAUUCCCCCGACAAUUUCAGACGCGAAAACGAUAGAAAAAUAUCAGGAGCACGUGGCGGACAUGUACAAAAAGUACGGAAAAAUAGUGAGAGAAAAUCUGGGAUUCGGACGGAAAUAUGUCGUUCAUUUGUUCGAUCCAGGUCCUUAUUUUUAAUGGAAAUUGAAUAAAAAGCAAUUAUUGUUUGCAGCGGACGCGCAAAAAGUGUUCGCCGCCGACGGAAAGACGCCGUUCAUCGUGCCGCUGCAGGAGACGACGCAAAAGUAUCGGGAGAUGAAGGGAAUGAAUCCGGGACUCGGCAAUUUGUAAGCAAACUGACUUACCCACAAGACUUCGAUACAAUUACAUGCAAACUGCGAAACAUGCGCUCAAAUUUAACAAAUUCCCUUCAGAAACGGCCCGGAAUGGUAUCGGCUGCGCUCCUCAAUUCAGCACGCAAUGAUGCGUCCGCAAUCCGUCCAAACGUCAGUUUUCAUCUCAAUUCAUGGAAAAACGUUUUUCAGAUACCUCCCAUUUUCCCAAAAAGUGUCCGACGACCUGAUCCGCCACGUGGCGCACGAGCAAUCCCGAUUCGGCCACGUAGACAUGCAGAAGGUGGCGGGACGCUGGUCCCUCGAGUCCGCCGGACAGAUUCUCUUCGAAAAGUCGCUCGGAUCGAUGGGCGAGCACGUGGAGUGGGCCGACGGGCUCAUCGAGCUCAAUAAACGGAUAUUUCAGUUGUCGGCCAAGUGAGAAAAUGGAAUUGAGACGCCUAAAAACUGUAUUUAGAAUGCGCCUUGGGCCUCCGAUUUUUCGCCUGUUUUCCACUCCGUCUUGGCGGAAAAUGGUCGAAUUGGAGGAUAAAUUCUAUGCGGAAGUGGAUCGGUUGAUGGACGACGCGCUCGAUAAAUUGAAGAUUAACGAGACUGACAAGUUUGAAAUUUCUAGCAAAAACUAAGGAAAUGUAAUGCUUUUCUAGCCAAAAUCUGCGAUUUGCGAGCUAUUUAAUCAAUCGAAAAGAGUUGAAUCGACGCGAUGUGAAAGUGAUCCUUCUCUCCAUGUUUUCCGAUGGAUUGAGCACAGUAAGAAGCUCAACUUCAAUUUCCCCCCAGAAAGUCGAUAUUUCAGACGGCGCCAAUGCUCAUCUACAACCUCUUUAACAUUGCGUCGCAUCCAGACGCGCAACGACAAAUUCAGAAGGAAAUCCGAGAGGACUCACUGAAAUUGCCGUAUCUCCGUGCGUGCAUCAAAGAGACGUUCCGAAUGUUUCCGAUCGGAACCGAAGUUUCGCGGAUCACUCAGAAGGAUCUCGUGCUUUCCGGAUUCCACGUUCCAGCCGGCACCGCCGUCGAUAUAAACACAAAUGUGCUUAUGAGGUUGACAGAAACCGGAAAUUUUCUCCAUAUUUCCCGUUCCAGAAGCGAGGUGCUCUUCACGGACGAGCCCCAUCAGUUCAAACCGGACCGCUGGCUGGACAAGUCGAAAGAAGUCCAUCCGUUCGCAUUUUUGCCGUUCGGAUUCGGUCCCAGAAUGUGCGCGGGCCGUCGAUUCGCCGAGCAGGACCUUCUGACGUCACUCGCCAAACUUUGCGCCAACUUUGAGAUCCGCCACGACGGAGAACCAAUUACACAGAUCUACGAGACGCUUCUGCUGCCGCGUGGCAAUUGUAAAUUCGAAUUUGCCAAAUUGUGA